GAAGACGGCAAUAGCCAAUAGGAGAAAGAAAAUGGGGAGGAAACCUUAAACCCUACUUCUUGGGUUUUAUGUGUAUCCAAACGUCGGAAAGUUUCAUUCGGAUGAAAUUCCAUUACUUUCUGAAGCCAGAGGCCAAAUCUGCUCAAAGGUUUCUCAGAAAAGUAUUUAAUUCAGAGGUACGGAGUAUACAAAUUUUGAACCUCCCUCCCAAGUCUCAAAAUUUUGUUAAUUUCUCAAUUCCCCGCUUUGUUUUCUUCAAUUUGUGCUGGCUGCUAUAUAGAGCUUUCUUCAAUCACUCUAAAGAUUUUCUUGAUCGUACAUACUGUGAGACAAAGCUAAGGACCCAUCACCCAAGAAACAUUUUGAGCUAAAAAGCCAUUCUUUGUUAAUUGUUGGGUUUGCGAUGAUGAUUCAUAAAUUCCACAAAAGGGUGUCGCGGAAAAUGAUUUCCCAGCUCAACCACGCGUUGUUUUCCUCUAAUAUUUCUGUUUGUCAGAGCGGAGGCUCUUCUUCUUCUGUUUCACAGAGUUUACAGGCGUUUACAUUGAUGAGAAAUCGAAGUUUUCGAAGUUCUGGACUUAGCCAGUACUCCAAAGCCACCGCAACUGAAUCCAAAAUCUCCCGAGUGGCUCGAAAUGAUGCGCAGGCUGCACUCUUUGAAUAUUUGCAUUAUACUAGAGGAUUCGAUUUUGUUGAUGCUGAGCAUAUUAGCAAGAGCUCACCUUGUUUCCUUCAGAAAUUGCUAUUGAAGGUUGAAAAUGAGGAGGAUGUGUCGAGGGCCUUAUCGAGGUUCCUUAGGUACCAUCCCAUUAAUGAAUUUGAGCCGUUUUUCGAAAGUCUGGGUUUGAGCCCGGAUGAGAUUGCGUUGCUACUUCCGCGGAACUUGAUGUUCUUGACUGAUAAUCAUUUGUUGUUUGAUAACUUCCAUGUUCUUUCUAGUUAUGGGAUUCCUCGCAGUAAUAUCGGGAAGAUUUAUAAGGAAGCGAUUGAGGUUUUUCAGUAUGGUGACGGGGUGUUGAAUAAGCAAUUGAUGGCUUGUGAAAAUUUGGGUUUAAGUCGAUCCACGGUAAUAAAGCUGGUGAGCUGCUCACCUACUGUUUUGGUUGGGGAUGUAAAUAAUGAGCUUUUUGAGGUGAUUGAGAAAUUUAAAAAAAUGGGUUUUAGGAAUGAUUGGAUUGGAAGUUAUUUGUCCAGUGAACACUCGUACAAUUGGAGUAGAAUACUCGGUACGACAUUCUUUCUCAGUGAAGUUGGAUAUAAUGAGCCACAGAUGGGCACUCUGUUUAAGGCGAAUCCGGCAUUGCUGUUUGAAGGCUCCGGGAAGUGCACUUACGUGUUGGUAGCUCAGUUAUUGAAGUUAGGUCUUGACAUGGAUGAAAUUCAUUCAUUGCUUUUGGAAUAUCCCGAGAUCCUAUCUUUGAAAUGCACUAAAAGGCUUUGGAAGGCAAUGAACUUUCUAUUCGAGAUUGGAAUGGAGACCAAGGACAUCGCGAAAAUUGUAUCUAGCCAUAUACAAUUAUUGGGUUCAAAUUCUCUGAAACGACCCAAGACUGUCUUGAAGUGUUUCAAGGGUGAUAGCCGUCAUUUAUGUCAAACUAUAACGGAAGACCCUCUGAACUUGUUCAGGCUAGCUUCCAAGUCGGAAAUUAAGAGCAUUGAGCAGACCGCUUUCCGGAAUCCUGCUAACACUUCAGAAAAAACGGCAUUCUUAUUGAAGUUAGGUUACGUAGAAAACUCAGAUGAGAUGACAAAAGCUUUAAAAAUGUUUCGUGGCCGAGGAGACCAGUUACAGGAGAGGUUCGAUUGCCUAGUAGAAGCGGGUUUGGAUUGCAACGUUGUAGUAAGCAUGGUUAAAAAGGCUCCUACACUACUGAACCAGACCAAAGAUGUGCUCGAGAAGAAACUGGGUAGUUUGGAAAAGCAUUUGGGGUAUCCCGUGGAAUCAAUUUUGUCAUUUCCGUCCUACCUAUGCUAUGAUAUCGACAGAAUAAAUCUUAGGUUUUCAAUGUAUGCAUGGCUUAAGGAAAAGGGCGUGGCAAAGCCCAUGUUGUCGCUAAGCACUCUCCUUGCAUGUUCAGAAGCGCGCUUUAUAAAAUAUUUUGUUGAUGUACAUCCAGAAGGUCCAGCAAUGUGGGAGAGUUUGAAAAAAGUAUAUCAUGCAAGCUAAUAGUGAUUUUACCCAUUCAUUUUUUGGUAUAUUGUUUGACUGCCUAAUUUUAUCCAGGCUCAUUAUUUUUAGUAUGUUGUAAAUUGAUAAGUCACUGCACAUCAAUUCAUCUAAGUUAAUAUACCACACUUCAGUGAAGAAAUUAUAUAUUUCAAAUGUGAAUAGUGAACAUUAGAAUAUGUACUUUGCUUCUGCA